AUGAAUGAACAGACGCCACUUUUAGAAGAUGAGUAUGACAUAGAGGAUCAUUGGAUUCGCGACAAGAAAGUCAGAUGGUCCCUUUAUGGAGCAGGAGGUUUAUUUGGUAUUUUUGUUCUUUGGGCAUUUGCAUUUUACUUGCCGCUGCGCUUCAUUCCAGAAUCCAGGCCGUUUGAUGGAAUUCAAAUGGUUAAAGAUUUGAAUGUUGUAUUUGAACCAAUUACCCCAGAAGAUUCUGAAAAGCAGUUUGAUCCUUCUUACUCGCUCAACUCAAAGGGUUCUAAACAGCGACUUAUUCUCAUUGGUGAUGUUCAUGGACAUUAUAAGCCAUUCAGAAAACUUCUCAGAAAAGUUAAUUUCAAUAACAAGACCGACCAUUUGUUGCUUCUUGGCGACUUUAUCACCAAAGGCCCCCAUUCCAUAAAGAUGUUGGACUAUUUAAUUGAGCAUAAAGUCGAUUGCAUCAUUGGUAACCAUGAGUACUAUGUCAUGAACAACUAUGCCCGAUUCCAUAACCUCGACCCUCCCUUCUUCGUUGGAAACGAAGAUGACAACAAAAAUGUAUUUGAGACAAAUGGUGGCUUCAAUGAUGAUCCGGAGUACUUACUUGCCAAGAAACUCCAACCUCAUCAUAUCGAGUACAUCAACCAAUGUGCAGUUAUCAAGACAUUGGGGCCUGUACCCCAACACAAGGCCAAAAACGAAGGCAGCCACAAGUACUCUGAUGGCAUUGCCGUGCAUGGAGGCUUGAGAUGGGACAUUCCAGACCUCGAAUCACAACAUGCAGUGGAGUGUUUGGAGAUGAGAUCGUUGAUUGGCCCAUACUUUAAUGAGUCUACCGAUGAUCCCCGAGCAGACAGAGCUGUGCUGUGGUCCAAAAUAUGGAAUUUAAAGCAAAAGGAAAAGAACGAUACCGAUACAAAAGUUGUCUAUUAUGGCCAUGAUGCUCGCCGAGGUCUCAAUCUUAAACGGUUUGCUAAAGGACUUGAUAGUGGCUGCGAUACUGGAGGAGAUUUGAGUGCCAUGGUUAUCUGGCAGGAGAAGGCGCGGAAGAGAGUUAUGUACAAAGAGCAAAUCAUUCAAGUACAGUGUGACGAUUAA